AACGUCUUCCUCCUUUUUCAGUAAUUUGAUUCUAUCUGCUGCAUUUGCAAUUUCUUCAGUGAUGAGACAUUGCUGGGAAGUAUGGAUAAAAAUAUUGCAGAUCAGCUUAAUAAGGCCUAUGAAGCCUUCCGGCAAGCAUGCAUGGAUAGAGACUCGGCUGUGAAAGAGCUCAAGCAAAAGACAGACAGCUAUGAAAAGCAAAUAAAUGAACAAAAGGAAAAAAUCACAUUUCUAACAAACAUCACUGCAAAACUCAAAUCACAGUUGGCUGCCAGUAGAGACCAUCCUUCUGGCACCAAAGUCACAGUACCAGAAGAUAGCGAAACAAGAAGAAAUGGCACUUUACCGAACUUAGAUUGUGAUCAGCUCCGUGAAAAGUUGAAGCUGGCAAUGCAGAGAGAGAAGCUUUUAAAGGAACAAUUGGAGAGUGAGAGUGUAAAAUUAAAGCAAACUGAAGAGGAGAAUAAUUUAAAGGAAAAGAAAUUUGAAUCUAUUAUCACCAUCAAAGAAGAUGAAAUAAGGCACCUGAAAAAGCAGCUAAAAGAAAUAAAUGAAGCACAAAAUUAUAUGCAAGUAGCAAGAUAUGAAAAAGAGGCAAGGAAUGAAAAACCUUCUUCAUCUAGGCAGGAUUUAUCUUCAGGGCCCUUUGGUGCAGCUGUUUAUGAAAGGGAUGAACUGGAGACUGUUUUCUGGAGCAUGAAGGAAGAAUUUUACCGCAUCCGCACAUUAGCAAGAGCACAGACAGACCAGCUGAGUAAAUUUAACAUACGAAGAGAACCUGCAACUGAAAUUGCAUUCUCCAAGCCUAUCCAGUGCACUGAUGAACAAGCAGAUGAUGUAUGCAGUCCUUGGGUGAAAAGGGGCAUAAACACAGACAUUCCACACUUCACAUCCAUCACAGUGAGAGAAAUUGGCCAAGAUGAAGAAGAAAACUCAGUGGAAUCGCUGUCAAAGCUGAAUGUGAAGUUCCCCCCUACAGAGAGGGACACCACUUUCUUAGAGAGUACCACAGAUACCCCUCCAAUCCCAUGUAUCCCAGGGACUGAAGCCGUACUUCAGGUGAACAGGGACCUUGCAGACCAGGGCGUGAACUUCAGUGAGAUGAAAUGUAACAGGUUUGAGGAGCUUGGCCCUCACUCUGCCACCCCAGCAGUGCAUAAUCCAGCAUCUACCAACAUAACCAAAGCCUCAGCCCAAGCAAAUGCACCCAUCCAGACUCCAGUGGACAAAACUCUGUGUUUUCAAGUACCUUUUUUAUACAGCUAUGGAACCACGGCCUUCUCAAAACAAGAUGACUCUGAAAUAAACUUUCCUGUCUUAGAAGCAAAUGAAGUAACAGCUGGAUCACCUCAACAGCCACACUGGAAACCAUAUCACUCUGAAGACAGUGACUUAUUGACAUUUGCUUCUGAAAACCCAGAACUCAAUCAGCCUGAAAUAUGUGAAUUCUGUCAGAAAGUUUUCCCACCAUCUCUUACAUCCAAGGAGGAUUUUUUGAGGCAUCUGAAUUCACACUUCAACUGAAGUCUUAGUGUCACUGGAGCACAGAUAAGUUUUAUUUAAAUCGAAACUUUAUAGUGACUGUACUUGGUUUCAGUACAUAUAGUCAUAUCAGAAGGGAAGGCUACAUUUAGAACAGAAUUGAUCCGGAUCCAUAUGGCUCACUUUAGUAUGAUUAAAGCCAAUGUUUAAGGCGUAAAAGGAGACCGUGUGGAAACCUCGCUCCCAUCCAUGUGUUCUUCUCAAAAGCUUGGUUGGGGUCAAAGAAACUAGAGCUUGUGGACAUCCUGUAUGAAAAGAAGAACUCUGCGAACUCUUAGUUGAUUCAAGAGUGGAGUUGGUAACUGUAGAACUAUUGUUUUUCUGAUUUUGGACAUUUUUUACACUUUUGUAACCUUCGAUUGUAAUACAACGUUCUUAAUUACUUGUGUGGGACCAAGUCCUAUUUAUUUUGGUAUUUAGCUUGAAUAAUGCAUGGAUUGUGAUAUAGGCCACAGAUGAAGCACUUAACUGGAAUCUUGUUCUUUGUGGAGUUCAGCGUGUUAGAAUUCAUUUUCCAUGUGUUGGAAUAGUAAGAGAGUUCCAGGAGCACAUUCAUCAUGACAGCCACUAACAGAUGA